GCGUACAAUGAAGACACUUUUCGUACUUUUAAUUGCAAUUUACGUGACAAACACGUUCGCCAAGCAAAUUUGUCUCGAAACUUCCGACAAAAAAAGUGGCAAUUAUCUCGGUUGUUAUCAAGAUCAUGAAAAUCAACGCAUGUUUAGAGGCUUUGUCGUACAUAUGACUUCUUCAAAUAGUAUUGAACAGUGCGUCAAAACUUGUCAUGCUCGACGAUUUGUUUAUGCCGGAGCUCAAAAUGGUUAUGGCUGUUAUUGCGGAAAUUCUGCGCCAAAAGACGAAUAUCAUAACAAAGUUUCUGAUAAAAAUUGCAAUAAAUUGUGCCCGGGACAUUCUACGGAAAAAUGCGGAGGUUAUGGUUACAUGAGUGUUUAUGAGACGGGCAUUGAACAAUUUUUGAUAAGCGGCAAAGGAAAGCGACUUGAAGAUAGCAACAUUAUUUCUGAUAAAAAAUGGUUCAUUGCUUAAAUUAUUUUAAAAUAAUUUCUUGAAAUUAAAAUAAAAUAUUACAAAUGAAACCUUAUAAUUUUUUGUAUUAUUAAA